CCGAUUUGAACGAAAUUUAAAUACGUGCGCGUGCGGCGCCGGCGAUCGAGCCAAAAUCUAAGCGAGAGCAUUGAGAUUUUCGGAUUCGGAAACCGAAUGUGAGCGGCCAGGCUGACAUUGACAGCUAGUCGAAUGCAUACAUGUGCCAAAAUACCUUCAAAAGUCAAAACAGAGCAGUAGUAGGUAGGUAGGUAUCUACUUUUUUGCAAUUUGUUUCUAAAGUUUUAUAUUUAUUGUAUGGAAUGGUGUGUCUAUUUCUAUACAAAGUUCAUAGAAUAUUAAAGAGAACGCAUUGUAAUAGUUUCUAUAUAAAUAAAAUGGCAAAAAGUUCCUUUGAGUAUGUAAAACAAUUUGAACUCGAUGACACAUUAAUGCCGAACUCUUGGAUUGUUGUAAGACUUGACGGUAAAUGUUUUCAUAAGUUUUCAGAAGAUCAUAAAUUUGUGAAACCUAACGACUCAAGAGCAUUAAAAUUAAUGAACUAUACUGCGUUUAGUGUUUUUAGAGAAUUCCAUGAUAUUUUAAUGGCUUUUGGUCAGAGUGAUGAAUACUCGUUUGUAUUUAAAAAACACACUUCUCUUUACAAAAGAAGGGCUGCCAAGUUACUGACAACUAUUAACAGCAAGUUCUCCUCUUCCUACGUAUAUUAUUGGAGUAAUUUUUUUGGUGACCAAAAAUUAAAAUACCCACCAACAUUUGAUGGCCGCAUUGUGUUGUAUCCUUCUGAAGAAAAUUUAAUCGAUUAUAUGAAAUGGCGACAAGCUGAUGUUCACAUAAAUAAUUUAUACAAUACUACUUUUUGGAACUUGGUACUGAAAGGAAAUUUAAGUCCAGUAGAGGCAGAGAAACGUUUAAGUGGUACAGUAUCAGCUGAUAAGAAUGAAAUUUUGUUUAAAGAAUUCAAUAUUAAUUACAACAAUGAGCAUGAAAUGUUUAAAAGAGGCACAUUAUUAUUAAAGAAAACAAUUGCAAUAGAAGGUACUGAGAAACAUGUGAUAGUUGAUGUUCACCAUGAUAUGUUAAAAGAUUCAUUUUGGAAGGAGCAUUCAACAUUAUUGCAAACCAAACCAUCCAAACGGAAUUUAGUCUAUGAAGGCCCCAUUACUGAUAUUGUUCAAGCACAGUUGAAAGUUACCAACCUGAUUAUUUAAUUAUUUCAAUAAAUAAAGACUACUGAA